AUGACAUCGAUAUAUUUAUUCAAUACUUUUAAUAAAUCAUGUAUUGCUCAAUGUAUGGAUAAAAGCAGAACAACUUAAUAAUUAUAGAAGUGAAGCAAGGCUGCAACAUGUCCCUGGCGUUUGACGUGGGCAAUACUAGCGGCAGUACUGCUUAUCAAAGCUUAUCACAAGAUUCAAGCGAUAAAUUAAAAUCCUUACCAGCGCCAGCAUCCACACAUCUGAGAAGCAACAUGAGCAUGGCUUGGAUGCGACAAUGUCGCCUUUAUAAGUUUAUAAUGCUUAUAUUGUUGCUCUUGAUACUACUACCCUUGCUGGCGCAUCGCAAGUUGCUUAAUGCCGAACUGGAUGCGCCGCCAACAGAUGUGCAUCGCUCUCGACCUCUGCUGGAUGCUUAUGAGGAUUUCAAUGCGAUGCGGGCCAGUGAUCUGAAGAUGCGCAUCGAAGAAAUGCUCAGAAUCAAGAGCACCGUGUCCGUGGAGCUGCGCGAAUUGGAAUCUCGACGUCAAAAGCUGCAGUCGGACAUCAGUCAGUACAAUCAGAAGCUUGAGGAACUCAAGCAGGAGUUGUUACGCGAGCAAACAGAACUCGAGCGCCUAAAGAUCUCUGUGGAGCAGGCGCAAGUGGCGCAACGGGAAGCCGUACAACGUAACACUCCAGAAUUGGCUCUGCCACGCACUUUGACGCCCAGUUCGCUGCCUCGCAAAAUGAAUGGGAUAAGCGAGGGAGUUGCAGCUGCCUGCGAGAUGCAUAAUUGCUUCGAUCACUCACGAUGUAGCCUUACGUCCGGUUUUCCCGUCUAUCUAUACGAUCCGGAUAUUUACAAUGUGCAGCGACCCGGUUACGAUAUCGAUGGAUUUUUAAAGACGACCAUAAAACAGACUUUAGGCUACAAUGCGCAUAUUGUGCGCGAUGCAAAACAGGCCUGCAUCUACCUUGUCCUGGUGGGCGAGGCUCUCUUAGAGCAGGAUUUGCUGCGCAACAAUCGAUACGCUGCUCAGGAGGAGAUCGCGCAACAGCCUCAGAUUCUGUCCAAUUCGUUGGCUGCCAACAGUUCACCCAUCGAAUUGGAAAAACUAUACAAGUUGCCCUAUUGGGGCGGCGAUGGAAGGAAUCACGUGCUAUUGAAUCUGGCGCGUCGCGAUUUGAAUUCGGCGCGUACCAAUCCGCUGCUGCAGCAAAAUACGAUGCGAGCGAUUAUCGUGCAGAGCUCGUUUGAACGGGAUCAGUUUCGGCCCAAUUAUGAUCUGAUUGUGCCACCUAUUCUUGGUCCGCCGGGUGGCGAUGUUUGGCAGGAGUGUGCCAGCAUGGUGCCGGCGCGUCGCAAAUACUUGCUCACUUUUCAGGGUGAGCUGCGACCCACACAAUCAGCGCUUCAGCCAUUAGAUGACUUUAUAAUGGAGCACCUUAAGGAUAUGUCACGAAGCUCAACACAGGAUCAGUUUUUGCUGCAAUUCCAAUGUGUGCCCGCCACAGAGCAACAGGAGUCGGGUUCCUUGGGCGACUGGACCCUGUGUGGGUCCGACAGCUCACGCAAACAGCUGCUCAAGGACUCAACAUACGUGCUCAUACUUCCGCCAUUGGGUCAACGGGUAAGCUCGACGCUAAUGCUGGCACGUCUCUAUGAAGCAUUGCGUUCGGGCGCUGUGCCUGUAAUCCUAGGUGCUGAUGAAUUGCGUCUGCCGUAUGCCGAGACCAUUGACUGGCGACGUGCUGCUCUGCUGCUGCCAAAAGCUCGCAUAACGGAGCUACAUUUCCUGUUGCGCGCCGUGCAGGAUGCAGAUUUGCUGCUAUUGCGUCGUCAAGGACGGCUCAUUUGGGAGCGAUAUCUGAGCUCGGUGCAGGCCACAGUAGACACGGUUAUAGCCAGCAUGCGAGAUCGACUGGGCAUACCACCACGCCCGGUGCCGCCAAUUGUUGCCCAGAGCGUCUUCAAUAGCACGUUUAUACCGCUGAAAUCUGAGCCGCUUGUUGGCAUGGACACAGAGCCGGAGGAAUCACUGGGUCCGAUUGAGCCACCCUAUCCCAGUCCAUCGUUUCGUCGCAACUAUACAAUACUGCGCAUACAAUCGAAAGAAGCGUGGAACGAUUGGAUGGAUCCAUUUUUCCUCUAUCCGCAACUGCCCUUCGAUCCGGCUUUGCCAUCUGAAGCAAAGUUCAUGGGCUCCCACACAGGCUUUCGGCCCAUUGGCAAAGGAAUUGGCGGAGCUGGCAAGGAAUUUAGUGAAGCACUUGGUGGCAAUUAUCCACGCGAGCAAUUCACCAUUGUCAUACUCACGUAUGAGCGGGAGCAGGUGCUCAUGGAGUCACUGGGUCGCCUCUAUGGCCUGCCCUAUCUGCAUAAAGUGGUUGUCGUUUGGAACUCGCCCAAGCUACCGCUGGACGAUCUGCGUUGGCCAGACAUUGGAGUGCCCGUCGCCGUGGUGCGUGCACCACGCAAUUCGCUGAACAAUCGCUUUCUGCCCUUUGAUGUUAUCGAAACAGAGGCGGUACUGUCUGUGGAUGACGAUGCUCAUUUGCGGCACGAUGAAAUUCUCUUUGGCUUUCGUGUAUGGCGAGAGCAUCGCGACCGAGUGGUCGGCUUCCCCGGUCGCUACCACGCCUGGGAUCUGAGCAGCAACAACAUGUGGCACUACAACUCCAACUACAGCUGCGAGCUGAGCAUGGUGCUGACAGGAGCUGCGUUCAUACACAAGUAUUAUAUGUUCCUGUACUCGUAUCAAUUGCCGCAGGCCAUACGCGACAAGGUGGAUGAGUAUAUGAAUUGUGAGGAUAUCGCUAUGAAUUUUCUUGUAUCCCAUUUAACGCGUCGACCGCCUGUAAAAGUCACCUCACGCUGGACCUUCCGGUGUCCCGGCUGCCCGGUCUCCCUUAGCGAGGACGACACCCACUUCCAGGAGCGGCACAAAUGCAUCAAUUUCUUUAGCCAAGUCUUUGGCUAUACGCCGCUGCUGAACACCCAAUAUAGGGCUGACUCCAUACUCUUCAAGACGCGUAUUCCGCACGAUAAGCAGAAGUGCUUUAAGUACAUCUAGUUUCAGUUCAGACGCCGCAUAUCAUCAUUCAACGGACGUACUUAUACAGACUCUUUUCUUUAGCUAGUAAGCAUAUAGUUGUGGCUAAGAUAGCUUAGACCAAAUUGUGAGAUUAUCGAAGUGGUAUAUGUAAAUACGUUUAUAUAGCUGCCAUAAUUACAGAAUUUUUGAAGCGAACAGAAUUUGUCCAGAGAGUUUUCGAAGACUUCUUAAUUACGUUAAGUUCAUUUGACUUUGUAUAUAGCAUCGUAUUAGAUUUAAUUGCUUAUUUUUAGCCAAUUUGUUAUUGUACAAUUUGAGUAACAUAAAAAUAAUUUUAUAAACAAUUGACACACGUCCGGCGAGAGAUCCCAAAA